GAUAGUCGUGCCGAAAUGGAGGGCUGGGCUGGAGCGUUACGUGGCGCCUUACAUCGCGGCGCUGACGUUGCUGACUUGGUUGCGCGACUGUCUUCUGGUGACCAUCAAUGGUACGCAGCAACACACGCGCGACCAACAUUCUGCAACGUGUGCCGCGAACCGCUGGGCGCAUUAGGUACUGCGCACGCGCUAGCCUGUGAGUUGUGCAAAUUCAAGGCCCACAAACGCUGCGCCUCGCGCGCCCCGCCCUCUUGCAAAUGGACCACGCUCGCCUCGCUUGGACCACAUCUUGUCGAGGAUGCUGAAGGGAAUAUCACAAUGCCUCACCAGUGGCUAGAGGGAAACCUGCCUGUUGCAGCCAAGUGCGACGUUUGCGACAAAACUUGCGGCUCUGUUCUCAGGCUGCAAGACUUCAGAUGCGUGUGGUGUCGCAAAUGCGUACACGCCGCAUGCAAACCAGGCUGGCGCGCUUCAUGUCAACUCGGCCCUGCGCGUGCUUCUAUCGUGCCCCCGACCCGAUUGCACUCCGUGGGUCCCGACGACGCCUGGGUUCCAGAUAGACCUCCUAAUGCUUCUCCGCUUAUUGUGUUCGUUAAUUCUAGAUCAGGUGACAAUCAAGGCGUAAAGUUCCUGCGAAGAUUCAAGCAGCUACUGAAUCCAGCGCAAGUGUUCGAGCUGAGUGGGGCUGGACCGAGGCUGGGGCUGCGGUUGUUCAGGCAUUUUGCGCCGCUGCGGGUGCUCGUCUGCUCGGGAGAUGGAUCUGUUGGUUGGGUCCUGCAGGAGGUCGAUAAGCUUGAUAUGCACCGUCAAGUCCAAACAGCUGUGCUACCACUGGGUACAGGCAAUGACCUGGCUCGGGUACUGGGCUGGGGAGCCUCCUGUGACGAUGCUGCAAACCUUCAGCUUCUGUUAGAGCGAUAUGAGCGGGCUUCCACCAAGAUGCUUGACAGGUGGUCCAUCAUGACAUUCGAACGGUCUUUGUCAGCGCCGCCACCUCCACCCGCGCCGCCUGACAUGCUUGAAGAAAAUACAUUGCUCAAACACCUACAAGAUAUUAUGCAGGCCGGGGAAGUUAGCUCCGUAGCCCAUGCGUCGCUUCGCGCAGGUUGUGCGCGACUUACUGCGGUGGGCGAGAAGGCCGGAGGCAGCGCUGCUAGGGCGGCCCAUCGGUUACGCCGCGCUCUUUCAUUGCUAUUGCACGCCAGAGCUCACCUUGCACACGACCAUGCUAGAUGCAAGUCUUGGGAGCCACUGGAGACAACGAGUGAUAGCGAACCCGAAGCACAACCUGUUGCUGAGAAAGGCAGUAUUGAAAAGACUGAAAAGGAGCAGCUGAACUGGGCAGCGCGCAGCUGCGCGCUAGCCGGUCGCGCAGACAGCGUGCGCAAGGCACUGUCCUCGCUCAUCCGCACACUCACCACCAUCUACCCGCAGCCAGAACCAGGGUCAUGCGACACAUGCACGACCAGCGGAGCAGAGGGUGGUGCGGAAGCGAUAGAAGAUACGGCUCCGAGCGCAGUGGAACUUGACGCUUUGCCCGUACCACGAGCAUUUGCUGAUAGCCGUCGAUCGUCCGCCGCCAGUGCUGUAUCCGCUACUCCUUUGCAACCUGAUGACAUUCCAGACAUAGAUGAAGACAUAGUCAAAUUAAUAAGCUCGAAUCCAUCGGAACAAAAUAAUUUAGAAGUAGAUUUGAAGAUGGAACGUAAAGGCAGUUCCGCUUCGCCGCAGGACCGACUCUCGCUUUCCAAUCUCUCUUCCUGUGAUACCAGCUCUUGCCGAAACCUCUUCAGGCCUGAUAUGGAGCGCGGCACUAAUAAUAGUAGUAGUCUUACCAUACCUAACCUAGUUGUUUCGGACGAUAGCGAUAAGCGAGAUUCGAUAAUACAGGGAGAUACUUAUGAAUCGGACCAAUUGACUAUAAUAGACAUCGACAAACCGUAUACAGACGACGUUCACUUCGAAUUAAGUGCACGAGUCUCGCCGGUUAGCGGAGAAUGCACGCCCGAAAGGAAACUUUCUAGUGUAGAUUUGGAGAUAGACGCUACUAGUUCAGAAGGGUCCAACAUUAGCGAUGAUUUUAGUUUAAUUUCGGAAAUUAUUGACGUGAAGCCUGGAGACGGUGAUGAUGAAGGACGAAUCACGCACAUUGACUCGCCUGAAGUGUCUGAGGCAACAUUCAUGAAUUCGGAAACUUUACAUGGAGAAUCUAUCAUGGAUGACAUUAGUUCAAUGCUGGGACAAGACGCCCUAUUGGCUAUGAUGGGCAAAAAUGGAGAAAACGAAACUUAUACUGAUGACACCACAUUGUUCACGUCCGACACAGUUUCAGACAUAGCCAUGGAUAGUAGAAACCCUAGCCUUGAAAAAAAUGCUGAAGCAAAAUUUAAGUACAUUUCAAAAGGAAAACACCCAAAGGAUGAAGAAAUCGAAAAAUUUGGUUUUGAAAAUAGAGUAUUUUACAUAGAAAAUGCAAAGAAACCUGAAGAACAAAUCAAAUAUUGUAGCCUAGCGCAUUUUGAAGAAGGCAAUGAUAUAGCCAGAAAAUCAUUUCGGAAACAACUACGAAAGAGUUUAAAAAAUCGAGUAGGUGAGGACACGAGUAUUAAACAUUUGUUGCCAAAAACGGCUGAAGAACAAUAUAGAGGCGAUUUCUCAAGACCUCCCAGUCGAGGGUCACCAAAGAAUUUUCAAGAAUCUCCAAAACGAAUAUUCCAAAAAGAUGAUGUAAACAAUUCGGACAAACCUGAGGCUAGAGACACAUCAUUUCCUCAAGUGUGUGUUGUGGUACAACCACCUUCACCUUCACACAGUGAAGACAAAAAAAGCAUAAAAACUUGUGCUAGCCGCAUGGCUUCAGUACUUAGUGACCUUUUUGACCACGGAACAGAUACACUGAGCAUAAAUUCACCAGAACCGAAUCUUACUAGAGAGAGGAGACAAUCAGAUAAUCCAAAACUGCUAGGAUCUGAUCCUGAAUAUGGAAAAUUUCUAAGCUGUUCUCCUGCGGCAACUAGGAGAAUAUCAUGUGGAAGUCUUUUCAAACCCGGUGAACCUGACAAGCUUUCUACCUCAGUGUCAUCUAUUUGGGGUGAUGGAGGUGCUAUGGGCAAAAUUGAGCAAAAUAAAUCGGAUGCUAACGAAAAAGCUAGAAAGCUUCCCAUUAUCAAUCCAUUAGUUCAAUUGCCAGCUUGGCCUCAUGUAACACAGGGAUUUAUCAGCCAAUGUCUUUUGGCCAAUGCUGAUGCGCUAUGUGCUGCAGUAAGCCCUCUAAUGGACCCUGAUGAUACAUUACUUGAAGGAUUUUACGAAAGAGCUGUGAUGAAUAAUUAUUUUGGGAUUGGUAUUGAUGCAAAGAUCACAUUAGACUUUCAUAACAAGAGGGAAGAACAUCCUGAAAAAUGCAGAUCUCGAGCCAGAAAUUAUAUGUGGUAUGGAGUGCUUGGAUCCAAGGAGUGGGUGAAUAGAACGUAUAGGCACCUAGGUCAACGAGUUCAACUUGAAUGUGAUGGACAAAGAAUACCAUUACCGGAGUUACAAGGUAUUGUUGUGUUAAACAUACCAUCAUUUAUGGGCGGCACAAAUUUUUGGGGAGGAACUAGAGCUGAUGACAUCUUUCUCGCUCCAUCUUUUGAUGAUAGGAUAUUGGAGGUUGUAGCAGUGUUUGGUUCGGCCCAAAUGGCAGCAUCUCGGCUCAUUAAUUUGCAAAAACACCGCAUUGCUCAAUGUAGGGCAGUACAAAUUAAUAUUCUUGGAGAUGAGUGCGUUCCAGUUCAAGUGGACGGAGAAGCGUGGCUGCAACCACCAGGAUGUGUGAGAAUCAUACACAAAAAUAGAGCGCAGAUGUUGUGCAGGUCGCGCGCUCUAGAAACUAGCUUACGAGCUUGGGAUGAGAAGCAGCAGAUGAAGGCACAUGCACUAACGGGGUCGACGCCAGUGACUCAAUGCGCCCGCACACAACUGUCGAUGCUCGAAAACGCACAAUUGCUUGCUUUGCUGGAUGAUGUUAAUUCGGUGGUUAAACAUGUAAAGUUAUCAUGUAUAAGCGAGAGCGGUGUGUCGAGCGGGGUAUCAAGCGCCGUGGCGACUGCCAGGCGUGUUUCAGCUCAAGCGGAUGCUCUGCAAGAUGCCGAUGGCAAACUGGUGCCUGCUCCGCAGCUGAGGCGACUGUUGGCUACUUUGGUGGAGAGCUGCCAAGAGCUGCUGGAGAGCGGCGCCAUCGCCGGCGCGGGCGCCGCGACGUCGAGCUCGCUGCGCGCGCACCUCGCUCGCGUCGACGUGCGCGACGGCCACGCCUUCCUGCACGCCGAUGAGAUUCCCAAGAAAGGCGGUGCCGGGCGCUGGCUGCGCAGUCGACGAAGCGUCUCAGAAGGUCCCGGAUCGACGUUCACCGCCGCGCAAGUCCGAAAUUGGGGACUAAAGGAAAUCCAAACAUGGCUCGAGUCUCUACAACUAGGCGAAUACGCCGAUGCCUUUAUAAGCCAUGACGUAACAGGUCGGGAGCUGCUGUCUCUAGCUAGACGCGACUUGAGAGAUUUAGGAGUAACAAAGGUGGGGCAUGUGAAGAGGAUCUUGCAAGCUGUGAAGGAAUUGCAAUGACGCCGGCGAGGCCGCUCCGAAGGGGAUGGCCACUGUUAGACGUCAAGGCAAUCGCAAAAUGGUUCGGUUGAAAGGAAGAACACUUUAGUAUUUGGUUCGAGGAUAUUGGUCUAACCGAUAGACUCUCCUUAAAUCCAGGUAGCGUAGCAUAAAUUGUUCGCGGCAAAAGUCGAAGGAGAAAAAACGGUGACAUGGCAGCGCUCCCGCCAAGUCUCUCAAAAACGUUUUUCUCCAAUCAACGUCACGUGAUGACUAGACUGAAAAUUGGAAACUGAAACAUGUCGUUAGUUUCAAAUAUAAAGCCUCGUGAAAUAAAGCAAUUGUUGAUGUUAGGUAUGUACAUAUGUUAAGGGCUUUGUACGUUGAAACUAAGGCAAGUAUGUUUGAUGCAAGUAAUAAUUAAAUACUAAAGCGUUUACUCC